UUAUCAUUACUUUUCUUCUAUUGUUAUUGUAAAUUUUGUAUUAGUUAUUUAUUGUACUCUUUGCUCUUUUGGAUAUCACUUUAUAAAUAAAUAGAUAUUAUUCUUUAUUUUAACACAAAAUAUUUUGUUUGAGAUUUCCAAUUUAAAAAGAUACUAUUCUUUUAUUUAUUACAGUAACUAUUUAUUUUUUCUGUUAUAAAAUUGGCUUAAAAUAGACAAGUUGCCAAAUUGUUUAAGGUGUAUCGGAUUACUACCGGAAUCGAUUAAUGUAAUUUUCACCAUGAAAAUGACAUAAAAACGAACCGAUUACGUGCACGACGAGCGGAUGAUAAUAGUUUUAUCAAACAGACAUCGGAAAACACUGUAAACUAAUAACCAUAAUCAGAGUAUUGUUUUAUCUUUAAAAAUGGGUAAGAUAACUUACACUAUUUUGUCAAAGAGUCAAAGUCCGUUAAAAUUUUCACCGUAUUGGCAAAACGUUAAAACCAGCCCAGAAAUCAUCAAACAUUUCCAGGAAAUAAAUGACAAAAAAAUAUAUGGUCACUACAAGCGUAAUUUUAACGACAUUCCUGUUUCGCUCGAGUUUAAAUUUGACAAUGCUAUUCCAAAAAAGAAAUCAUGUAUUUUUUCUGAUGACAGAGAAAAUGACAAGAAUAUAAAGAUUAAAACAGUUAACUUUGAGGCGAGCUCGUAUUGUCAAUUAAAAAUAUGUAAAUUAGUUCCUUUUACAUAUGAACAUGUCUCUGGUUGCAAAGUAAAUUAUAUUCCACUGAAUCAAAUUCCGUUAAAUGAUAUGGAUGCUAAAAACGAGAUAAUGGCAGCUAAAGAUGUUAUUCCUACACCAAACAUCCACAAUGUUACUACAGAUCUGUCUAAGUUAAUGCUAUAAAGAUAUUUACCUCUUAAAUUCUGAUGAAAAAUUUUCACAGCUUUUCAAUUUUAUAUUAUGCUUAGUCCUAAAUACUUAGUUAAGGCUCAAAUAAAAAGAAAAUUUUAUAAAAAAAUAUUGUAUGAAUUUAUGGAAAUAAUAAUCAUAAUAAUAGUAGCGUAGUCAGAAC